GUUAGCACACCUUCCAGGCAGCCAGCAAAAACACUUCCACUGGCUCUGCCGAGGAGUUGCACAACGGGAAGGUCUGUUGAGCCUGAGGAAGGAGAGAUUGCUGGUUUGGGGGACAGAGUCUGGUGAUCACUGCGGACUGUCUCCUUUUCUGUACUGAGAUGGACUUGCAGGGAACGGAUGCUGUCAAAGCUUGAUGCUUCCAAGCCACAAGCAGUCCCAAAUGGCCUCCCAGGAAUUUGAUAACACGGGACUGGGGACCUCAGCAGGUGGUACCCCAGCAGGCAGCCACAUGAAGCCAGAGGAGGUUGAUGGUUCUGUUUAUCAGCUCUUGGAUGAAUCACAUAAUGUUCACAGAGGAGCACUGCAAGCCCUUGGGGCCAUCCAGAUCCUGACUGGAAUUCUGAUUCUGGCUCUGGGUGUGUUUUUGGGUUGUUUACAAUACUUGUCCGACCACUUCAGGCAUUUCUUCUUCUUCACCUUCUAUACAGGCUACCCACUCUGGGGUGCUGUGUUUUUUAUCGGCUCAGGAUCCUUGACUGUUGCAGCAGGGAGAAAACCCACAAGAAUGCUGAUGCAGAACAGUUUUGGGAUGAAUAUUGCCAGUGCAACAAUUGCAUUUGUUGGGACUGCUUUCCUUUCUGUACACUUGGCACUCAGUAACCAGGCAUUCAAGGAUUGCCAGUCUUCACAGUUACCCGACUUAUGCAUUUACCUGGGUUCCUCAUCAAAUGGCCUGGUGUCUCUGAUGCUGAUUCUCACCCUGCUGGAGCUGGCCAUGACCAUUUCUGUCUCAGCCAUGUGGUGCCUAGAAAAUGUCUGUAGCUCGAGAGAGUGUGCCUGACAUUGAACCCUUGGAAGCGUCACCUGAGAAACCUCUGCCAGAGAAGCCGGCCCCACCCCCGCCACGGCAGACAUGGCAGACACUUUUGAAGAAAGAGUUGGAGUUUCUGGGGGUGAGUGCAUAGGCUCCAUGCUCAACUCAAAUACAGGCUGGCUCUAGGACAGAGCAUUUAAUUGUAUUAACAUUGCCUCUUGUGGGCUGAGGAGGAGUGAUAGGUCCUGUAGCAUUCAUGGUGGGUGUAGAAUAACGGCAUUUCUGCACACUCUGGGAAGAGAGAAGCCUUUUCUCAUGAAGACUUUAAGUUACUGGGUCAUAAGUGAAAAAACAGGAAUGAAGGAAACUUAAUGUCUGUUGUUAAUUAGAUAGGAAGA